CGGUCAGUUCCAGAAGAAAAAGAGGAGAAACAGGAAAUUACGGCGGCUCCUUUCCGACGAAGCAAGAUAAACAAACGACGUUAUAUUACAUUAUGUAAUAUUUAGAACUCUGGUUUAUUUUUCUUCAUCACUGACCGUAUAGAUAUAGCCAGCAGCAGCAGACAGGUGAGGAGGACAGCCAGAAGCAAAGAAGAAGAGGAGCUAGCAGCAUCUUCGCGUUGCUAAGCUAAGCUGCUCGUCAUGUUUAUUUUAGUGCGAAUGAGCGCGACAUGAUCAUGGCAUGGAAGCAUAGAUGUAUUUGAAGAAAGAUACGUAUUUAAUUUAAAGACUUUUGAAGGUUGCAGGAAACGGGUGAAACCUUCGCUUCUUAAAGAAAAAAAAUAAAAAACAGCGCAGCGUCAGCAUGGCGUGGGCUCUGAAGCUGCCCCUCACGGACGAAGUGAUCGAGUCCGGACUGGUCCAGGACUUUGAUGCCAGUCUCUCCGGGAUAGGGCAGGAGCUUGGUGCUGGGGCGUACAGUAUGAGCGACGUGCUCGCCCUCCCCAUCUUCAAACAGGAGGAGUCCAACUUACCUCCAGAAACUGAAAACAAGAUCCUUCCCUUUCAGUAUGUUUUGUGUGCACCUACCUCGCCAGCCAUUAAACUGCACGACGAAACACUCACCUACCUCAACCAAGGGCAAUCCUAUGAAAUUCGAAUGCUUGAUAAUCGGAAGAUCGGGGAGCUUCCUGAAAUCACUGGGAAAAUGGUGAAGAGCAUCAUCCGCGUCGUUUUCCACGACCGACGGCUCCAGUACACAGAACACCAGCAGCUGGAGGGCUGGCGCUGGAACAGACCCGGAGAUCGGAUUCUGGACUUGGGUACGGACCAGGAUAUUCCCAUGUCAGUGGGAAUAAUCGACCCGAGGGCUAACCCCACUCAGCUUAAUACUGUGGAGUUUCUGUGGGACCCCUCAAAGAGAACAUCCGUCUUUAUCCAGGUUCACUGCAUAAGCACAGAGUUCACCAUGCGCAAACACGGAGGAGAGAAAGGCGUCCCUUUCCGCAUCCAGAUCGACACGUUUAAGGAGAACGAGAGUGAAGAGUACACAGAGCAUGUGCACUCCGCUUCCUGCCAGGUCAAAGUCUUCAAGCCCAAAGGUGCAGACAGAAAACAAAAGACAGACAGAGAGAAGAUGGAAAAGAGAGCGCCACAGGAGAAGGAAAAAUAUCAGCCGUCUUAUGAAACUACGAUUCUGACUGAGUGCUCUCCUUGGCCGGAGGUCACGUACGUCAGCAACUCUCCGUCUCCCGGCUUCAACAGCACACACAACAGCUUUCCUGUUGCUGAAGGUAACGGAUCACCGAGCCACCAGCCUGAGCCUGUUGUUCAGGUUGCAGAUAACUUGUUGCCCACGGCGACGCCACAAGACGCACAGCAGUGGCUCCAUAGAAACCGCUUUUCACCUUUCUGUCGACUCUUCACCAACUUCUCAGGAGCCGACCUGCUGAAGCUAACCAGAGAGGACGUUAUCCAGAUUUGUGGCCCAGCAGACGGUAUAAGACUCUUCAACGCGCUAAAGGGACGUGUGGUCUGCCCGAGGUUGACCAUCUACGUCUGCCAGGAGUCGCAGCAGGCGCGGGAGCACCAACCAAAACAUGAAAAUGGAGACGCUGCUGCCAACACGUUCUUUGUAUAUCACGCCAUUUACCUGGAGGAACUCGCCGCCAGCGAACUCGCAGAGAAACUCGCUCAGCUCUUCAACAUCUCACCCAGACAGAUAAAUCAGAUCUUUAAACAGGGACCCACUGGUAUCCAUGUGCUGGUCAGCGAUGAGAUGAUUCAGAACUUCCAGGAUGAAGUGUGUUUUGUUUUGGACACAAUGAAAGACAACACGAGCGACGGCUACCACAUCAUCUUAAAGUGAAUCCCAGCCGGAGAAUCGUGCGACCUUGUUUUAUUAUUUAGACCUGCUGCCGUCUGCCACACCAGACAUUCACACACCUUGCUGUUUUCGGAUCCGAUGAGGUUCCCCUGACUAAUGUGGCAGCUGGGAGGUCGGUGCAACCGAAGCACCUUUCGCCCUCCUUCCCCCCACCGUACCUUAACGUCCUUCCUUUGAGGAAGUGAAGUAAUCGUCUCACAUUUACCGUUUCAUUUUGUGUCCUUCAUGUUUCAGGAAAAGGUUUGCGUUGAGGUUUAUAAACAGUAGUUUUGUUGCCUGGUGCUCAGUUGCCUUACAUUUUUAGGAAACCCAACGUUGCUGCAACAAUCCCACCUAAAACUGCAACCAGGUCGUCGAGGGAAACUGCUGGGACUUGGCAGUUCUGAUUUAAAAAAAAAAAAAACUAAACAGAUGAAGCUUGUGCUUCACAGGUUGUGUCCCUGGAGCAUCUUGAAAGUUGAAAGACUGUUUAUUAUCAGUGGUCACCAUGGCAACACUAGCCAGGUGUCUUCACAAGCUUUUCAUACCAGUCGGCUAAUUUACCCCAACAUAAUUUUUAAGUAGUAAUUUGUUGUUUUAAGGUGCUUUUUCAUAAUGAAUUAUGCUUCCGAGUAUUUUAAAAAUAAUCAUAUUUGCAUCUCUGUUUUUUUUUUCCUUAUUUUAGACAUUGCCAACUCCAAAUGCUUUUAAACGUUAUUGCUUCAUGUUGCCAUGGGAAAACUCAACCCUUUGUACAUUCAAGUUUUGACUUGAUAUUUUUUAGAUGUCAGUUUUUGCUCCGACUCUUCAGCGUUAUUAAAAAUGAUUACUAAUGUACUGA